AGUAAAAUAUUGAAAAGGAACGACGAAAUAACUAUACGGUAUAUACUGCUAACGUUUUGAAUUCAUGUUUUAGUAAAAGAGGCAAGAGUACAGUUGGUUAAUGGUCCUAAUAAAAGAUCUGGACGUGUAGAAAUUAUUAUCGGUACUGAACGAGGUACUGUGUGUGACGAUAAUUGGGACGACAACGACGCCAAAGUCAUCUGCAAAAUGCUCGGAUAUGAUGGUGGGAAAGCGCUGAAUGAAUCCCACUUUGGUCAAGGCAGUUCGAGUAUACUUCUGGAUGAGGUACAUUGUGACGGAACCGAAUCAUCCAUCAUGGCAUGUCGCCAUUCUGGUAUUGGGUUUCAUAACUGUGGGCACCAUGAAGAUGCAUCAGUUGUAUGCAGCUCAAAAUGUGGUCGUCGACCUCUGGAACAUUAUUCAAGACAGAAACGUAUAGCUGGAGGGGAAAAUGCAGAAAAGGGCUUCUAUCCAUGGCAUGCUGGAGUUCGCAAACGAAGCAGGAGAUCAUCGCAUUUGUGUGGAGGAAUAAUUUUGAACGACCGUUGGAUCCUUAGCGCAGCGCACUGUUUUCGUGAUGACCUGAUUGCUAGCGAUGAUGACCUAAGUGCUGGCGGUGAUGACCUAAACGGCGGCGGUGGUGAACUGAGCGCUGGCGGUGAUUGCCUGAACGGUGGCGGUGGUGACCUGAGCGCUGGCGGUGAUGACCAGAACGCUAGCGGUGAUGACCUGAAUGCUUAA